UACCAAUCAACUAGAACUAUAACCCAUUAGAGUUUAGACCUAUGGGUUCUCUUCCCCAUAUAGUCGAGGACUGCAUGGGCUUCCUCCAACUCUACAGCGAUGGCUCCAUUUUCCGCAGCAAUGACAUCAAAUUCAAGGAUUCUAUCGUUGAAGAUCACUCCGUCCUCUUUAAGGACUCUCUUUUUCACCAAAGUUUCAAUCUUUAUCUUCGAAUUUACAAGCCCCAACCAUCCUCUGAUUCUGAUCUCACCAAAAUGCCUCUGGUAAUGUUCUUCCACGGCGGAGGCUUCUGCUUUGGCUCGCGUGUUUGGCCCCACGUUCAUAACUGCUGCGUCCGCCUCGCUUCUGGACUCCGGGCGGUGGUGGUGGCGCCCGACUACCGGCUGGCUCCGGAGCACCGGCUCCCGGCGGCGUUGGACGACGCUGUGGAGGCACUGAGGUGGGUUCAGAGGGUGGCGUCCACGGGGGAGGAUGCAUGGCUGAAUGGUGACGACAUUGGAUUUGACCGCGUGUUUAUUGUGGGAGACUCGUCCGGGGGUAAUAUUGCGCAUCAUUUGGCGGUUCGGUUUGGAUCCGAAUCAAGAUAUUUGGAUCCGAUUCGCGUACGAGGUUAUGUACUGUUGGCGCCAUUUUUCGGUGGGGAGGUUCGCACCCACUCAGAGGACGGUCCCUGGGAAGAGGUUUUGAGCCUAGAAAUUCUCGACAGAUUUUGGAGGCUUUCCCUGCCUGUUGGAAAAAACAGAGACCAUCCAUUGGCCAACCCAUUCGGACCAGAGAGUCCAGAUCUGGGACAAGUGCAGCUCGGCCCUAUUCUGGUGAUCGUAGGAGGAAGAGAAUUGCUGAAGGAUAGGGCAAAAGAUUAUGCAGCAAAGCUAAAAGAACUAGGCAAGAAUAUUGACUACUUUGAGUUUGAGGGAAGACAACAUGGCUUUUUCUCGCAUGAUUCCUACUCACAAGUUGCAGAAGAGGUCGUGCAAAUCAUUCAAGGAUUCAUGCUUCAAAAUUCUGCUUGAAAAAUCUUCUCUCUUUCAUAUAUGUAUGAUUGUAUUGCUCAUAAUUUUAACGUUAAAACAAGAGUCGAUCUUUAGGAUUUUAAUAAGAUUGGUAUAUAGUAGUUUGUGAAUAAGAUUAAUGGAGUGAUGCUCAUAGCUUGUUUGUGGGUGUCACUGUGUGUGUGUUGUGCCGCAGGAGGAAAUGGGGUUGCCAUUAUUGGUGUCAAUAUAAAUAAUAUUUUAUUUGUAGUAACGAGUGGGACGUAGAAAGAUAGACAAGACAGGGAUCGAAGAGCGAGGUUAUUGAGUUGGGUCCAAUCAAAUGUCAUUUUUUUCCUCUGGUUCUA